CAAUUCCACCUAAACCUGGCAAUAUUCUAUAUCAGUUUUUCCAAUCGUUUUCUUUUCUUAGCGACCAAUUUGGAUUCUCCAUUCCUUCUCGCCUCUUGUUCCUCGGUGAAACUGCAGCAAAAUUGAAUGUUGGUUUUCCCUUCGAAGUGGGUUGGACCACGGGAUAGACUCCAAUAUUGCGAACUUGAUAGCGUGUCUUUCAAAUUAUCGUUCUAGUUUGAUCGGGGAUCUGGAUUUUUUGUUUGAUUUAAUAUUCCAUUUCCUUGCAAGACUCUCACAACAAGUCAAUGAUCAAUUAUAUUUACUUUUUGCCUCUGAAAUUCACUAGAAUCAAUGCUUUAGAUUCAUGGAUCUCCGUUCAUUAUUUGCUAUUGUUGUAGCUGGAUUCAAAAGUCUUGAAGCUGGAUCUGAUUACUUUGCAUUUUUAACAUUAUUAUGCAUUUGCUUCUUGCUCGUGGAGUCAUUUCUUUUUCUUUUUCAAUUCAGGGGCAAAAAAAUAUGGCUUUCAUUGAAAUGUUCAUUUCUCAGAGGAUUAGGUUUUGAGUGUGAAUUGAUUCAGACUAUCAGUUUAUUGUUAUAGAAACAUUUAGAUCAAUCCAAACAUGAUUUGGAGGUUCAGAUUCAUUUCAAACCGGACCACAAAAACCUUUGAGUUAGUUAUAUGAUCAUACAGAAUUGUGGAAGCUUAUACCAAAGGGAGCAUCGUUUAUAAUUAUGAUGGCUGGAAUUGUAAACAUUAGUUAUCGUCCCUGAUUCUGCAUCCAACUUAAAAUUGAAAGUGAUACUAUUCACAACUCUCUGAGCAAUAUGGCUUAGCUACUUACACACACACACACAUUGACGAUUAGUUUAGUUGAUGCAGUCACAUAGACACUCACUUGUAAACAUUAGCCAUUGCUUAUAAUUAUGAUGGCCUUGCUAAUGAUGUGAUCAACCAACGUUUUGCAUCAUCAUCAUGGUGGCAUAUCUGUUUAAGAACCUAUAUUAGACGGCAGCACCAGAUUUUGUCUUUUCCCAUGGUUGCUUCCUCUAUGUUUUCCUUUUGAUUCUUUAUCAAAUCUAAGUUCACAUUGUCUCUGAAUUUAUUUAUAGCAUUUACCUGCCUUUUUAUCCCCAUCGUUUCUCUUUUGUUUCCCCACCAAAUAUGUGCUUUUGAAGUUUAAGAACUUAAGGAUUGAACUUCUUGUGUUUUUUCAGUUGUCCUAGCCACAUGGAGAUUGAUUUGCAUGCUCAUCGUGUUUGAAGAGUUCAUCCAUCUAGCAAAAUGAAAGGCCGUGUAACAUGGGAUGAGGCUAACAUUGAAGAAAUUGAGGCAAACAAACCUGUGAGGCAGAAAAUUACUGAGCCCAAGACUCCAUAUCAUCCUAUGAUUGAUGAUGAUGAUUCUUCAUCAUCUCUUCAAGGAAGCUUUAAUUCGUGUAUUGACAAUGAUAAUGUGGUAGUGGGAGCUGAAGAUGGGGCCUCUUGUAGCAGAAACAGAAUUGGUCGAUCUAGUGGCUGGACAUCAUCUGAGGAUGAAUCAGAUGCAGUGGAACAAGAUGAUGAAGAUAGGAGCCUGAGGUUCAAAGAACACAGAAAAGCUCACUAUGAUGAAUUUUUUAAAGUCAAAGAGCUGCGGCAAAAGGGUUCUGCACUCGAGGAAGAAAGCGAUGAAGAUGGUAAUAUUGAACUUGGUGAAAAGGAGAAUUGUGACUCAUCAUCACUGAGUGCAAGUGUGAAAGGGAUAGACAUUGAUGGAAAGAAAGAAGACUUGCUAAGUGCCCCCAGCUAAUUGUUCUGGGGAUGGUGAUCAGCAAAUAAAGCCCACUCCCUUAUUUUGGGUCUUUUCUUUUAUUUUGUGGAUAAGAAAUAACUGUACGAAUCACUUGUAUUCUAGGUACAAAGUGUAGGCUUUCAUUCUUCAUCCACAAUGAUUAUUGAUCAUCCAAACCGGCACGAUCCUACACAAUCUUGUAAUAUGCUAAAUGUGAUGGGUCCUGACAUGAACUUAUAAGUCAGAGUUUUUAGGGAAUUUGUUUGUGGGUAUGGGCAUUGUUUGCGUGGCUAUAAAAUGAUAUAGAUGGGUGCUUGAAUAUUUUAUAUAGUUGAUAGCUUGUGUCCUGAUUGUCUCCCUCCUGUAUAGCCAACACUUGAGAAAUUGUAUCCAAGAUUUUCCCCCUUUAUUGACAAGAGUUUAUAUGCA